UAUAAGUGCUUGAAGCUCACAAGUUAGAGGCUUAUGUCUGUCUAAAUUGUGGCUCAUAACAGUACAACCCAAUCUCCGACUUGGACUAAAGUGUUAAUCAGUUGGCUAAGGCAACCCAGUGGAGCAUUUGUACUUUGAUAGCAGGAAACUGCUAUUUGCUGAGUCUAAAAAAAAAUUUAAGCCAGACACAGAGGAAUUCUCCCCACUUUCUCCGCAAGGCUGGCUCCCACCGUCAUGGUCACCCAGAGUAAAUUCCCGAGUAUGAGCCGGGGACUGGAUUCCACUCUCAGGCUCAAGACCUUUUCUUCUCGUGGCGAGUACAACUUGGUUGUAAGCGCAGUUCGCAAGCUACAAGAGAGUGGCUUCUACUGGAGCACAGUGACUGGAAGCCAGGCCAACUUAUUGUUGAGCACUGAACCAGCUGGCACUUUCCUGAUUAGGGACAGCUCUGAUCGCCGUCACUUCUUUACACUCAGUGUCAAAACUGAAUGUGGCACCAAAAACCUACGUAUUCAAUGUGAGCCACGUGGCUUCUCCCUGCAGACUGACCCUCGUAGUACUCAACCAGUUCCACACUUUGACUGUGUGCUCAAACUUCUGCGCCAUUAUAUGUCUACUAAGGACUCUGGAAUCACCACCAAGAGGGCAUAUUACAUCUACUCAGGAGAAGAACGGGUACCUCUGCUACUUUGCAGGCCUCUCUCCUCCAAUGUAUCCUCUUUACAGCAUCUCUGCAGAAAAGCAGUAAAUGGACAACUGGUUUCAUAUGAGGACAAAGAACAGCUGCCUCUGCCCAUUAAAGAUUUUUUACAGGAAUAUGAUUCACCGGUGUAACUAGUGGGCCCAGAAAAAAACAAAUGGUAACAUAAGUCACCAACAUCAACCUAGAACAUGCUUGGCAUGUUAAAAGCAAGGAGCUCACCAUAACCCUUGAGAGAAAGACAAGGUUCAGAAUGGAGAGUGCAGAAUAUGCAGAGAGCAAAGUUCUGUAGAGAUGUGACACCUUAAGAAAGUGUGCGGUUGAGACAUAAAGAACAAAUUCAAUAUUCUUCACCCUGCAGAUUACGUCUAUCUGAGACUGCGAGAAUGAUAACUGAAAACAAAACUGCUGAAUAUUCACCAAGUUAAAGGUGCAAUAUACAAAGUGACUGAUCAAAAAACACAAGGGAGUUUCCAAAAAUCUCCAUUAUAGCUGCCAGACAAUUUCAUCCCCAAGUCCUUCCUGCAUGCCGGGCGCAGAUCAUUGUGGGGAAACAGGACAAAUAUAACCUCAUAGACCUUGGUUCUGGAUCCCUCCCCGGUAACAUUACCAGAAACAAGUGUCUGUCUUGCACUGAUUGUUUAGCUGCUUUACACCAAGCACUUAUUUAUUAUAUCACCAUUACAGCCUUAAUGAUUUUUUACUAGAGGAAACUGUUUACAAGCCAUUAUGUUUGUGUGUUCUUAUUGUAUGUAUAAAAAAAUCCCAGCCUCCAAUGGACAAUACAUUCACUAGAGUGGUAUCUGUUGCCUUCUAUUAGAUUAUAAGCAGAUAUGUCUUAAAUGCAUCUCCAUAGCAACACUCUACAUUGAAGAGUUAUAAUGUGCACUAUCAACGCUAAACCUUAGGAUUUGAUGUUUCUAUACAUUUAAUAUAGUAAAAAUAGAUAUUUUAAUGUGGAGUUUUUGGGGGGAUAGUUGUAGAUUGCUACUCUUAAAUCCCACCAGAAUCCCCUAAUCUAGUUAGCACAAAUGAUGUGGUUUGGUUACUAGGCCCUUGUAUAUUCACAGAAAUUGCACUCUAAUUGGCCAGUACAGUCUGUCCAUUCUCACAUCUUGAAGAAGAAAAAAAAAAGUACUGUAGUCUUAUGUUUUAUAGUUCCUUAAGGCACCCCUACCACUUCUACUGAGAGGCUAUUCCAAGUAUCUACCAUCCUUUUUGUAAUGGCUUUGCAAACAGAGAUUUAAAUAGGCUGCCAUUAUGCUCCUGAAUAUCCCAGCUGGGAGGCUCUAAUGUAAGACUACACAGCUGAUCAGAUAGGGGUUGUUAGGAGCAGGUAUUCUAUAAAAUAAAGGUGAAACACUCUGAUUAUUGGUGUUUACAAAUACACACUGUGACCAUGUUCUUGUACCCUGGUCCUAUACAGCAGAUCCUGAAUGAAGGUGGCAUGAAUAUAUAUAUAUUUUGGUGUAUUGUUUCUUAUGAUUGUAUGCUUAUAUUGCACCUGCAACCCCUAUGGGGGUGCAAGCACAGAUUCAUAGAGUCUGCUCAUAAUUAUGUUUACAUGCCAAACAGCUCUGGGCACUGUAACCAGAAUGCAGUUUGCACAUAUUUAUAUAUUUGUUUUUUUUUUAAUUUGUUUUUUAAAGAAAACAUUUCAAUAAUUUAUAAUAAAGAAAUAUUUUAUAAUUGA